AUGGCUGCUUUUUCUUCUUCAGCUGCUUCUGGCUUAGCUACACUCUUCUACUCGCAUUCGUUACACCCUAUCACUGGCCUGACGAAACUCUCUUCUCCAUCUCGGAUUCGUUCCUCGCCUCGCCUUUUCAGUGGAUUUCGUAGUCUCCGACGCCGCGGCUCCUCUCAGAAUGUUACCGCCGACCGGUUUAGUAACUUCUCUUGUAGAUGCUUAUCCGCCGUAUCCACUAGCACUAUCGAUUAUGAGUUCACGGAUGGUGGCAAAGAGGUGGAAUUGAAACUGAGGUUGAAGACAGGUGAGACACUUUCACCAAAGGAUAUAUCUGUAGACGCAGAUGGAACAUCUUUGGCUGUGAAAGAGAAGCGGAACGGAUUGGUGAUUACGCUUCUAGAGACGAACCAUCUCUUUGACAAAAUAAUGCCCUCUGAAACAAUAUGGUAUAUAGACGAAGAUCAGUUGGUUGUAAACAUGAAAAAGGUGGAUGGAGAAUUGAAGUGGCCUGACAUUGUUGAGUCCUGGGAGUCUUUGACUGCUGGAAUGUCGCAGCUUCUUAAAGGGGCAUCUAUCUACAUUGUGGGAGAUUCUACUGAAAUCAACCAAAAAGUGUCUCGGGAGCUAGCGGUUGGUCUUGGGUACAGUCCUCUAGACUCGGAGGAAUUGUUGGAAAGCUUUGCCAAGCAAACAAUUGAUUCUUGGAUUCUUGCAGAAGGGCCGGAUUCUGUAGCUGAAGCAGAGAGCUCGGUGUUGGAAAGCUUGAGCAGCCAUGUCCGUACUGUUGUCUCGACGCUGGGAGGUAAACAUGGAGCUGCGGGGAGAGCUGAUAAGUGGAGGCAUCUUUACUCUGGAUUUACCGUCUGGAUAUCACAGACUGAAGCCACAGAUGAAGAAUCAGCUAAAGAAGAAGCGAGGAAAAGCAAGCAAAAGAGGGAGAUUGGGUACUCAAACGCAGACGUGGUGGUGAAGCUACAAGGUUGGGACCCAACGCAUGCCAAGAGCGUGGCUCAGGCCUCGUUAAGUGCACUUAAGCAACUCAUCAUCUCAGACAAAAAACUUCCAGGUAAGAAGAGUCUGUACAUAAGGUUGGGUUGUCGUGGUGACUGGCCCAACAUAAAACCUCCCGGAUGGGAUCCGUCGUCUGACACCGGAGCUCAUCCACAGUUUACAUAA